CCCUCUUUCUCUAUGGUGACGGACGCAGCGGUGCUGGAGGUCAGAGUUCAGCGUUUGACAGAAAGCUGAAUAUGGAUUCCAUAUUUCACGAGAAACAAGAGGGCUCCCUCUGCGCCCAGCACUGCCUCAACAACCUGCUGCAAGGCGAGUAUUUCACUCCUGUUGAUCUGUCCUCAAUUGCUCAGCAGCUCGAUGAAGAGGAGAGGAUGAGGAUGGCAGAGGGAGGUAUGGCCAGCGAGGAGUACAGGACCUUCUUGCAGCAACCAUCAGGGAACAUGGAUGAUAGUGGGUUCUUUUCCAUACAAGUAAUUAGCAAUGCUCUUCGAGUGUGGGGCUUGGAGCUAAUCCUCUUCAACAGCCGAGAGUACCAGAGCCUGAUGAUAAAUCCAAUAAAUGAGAAAGCCUUCAUUUGCAACUACAAAGAGCACUGGUUCACUAUACGCAAACUUGGACAACAGUGGUUUAACUUGAAUUCCCUUUUGACUGGACCCGAACUGAUAUCAGACACCUAUCUAGCCCUUUUCCUUGCACAGUUACAACAAGAAGGGUAUUCCAUAUUUGUGAUCCGGGGAAACCUUCCUGAGUGUGAAGCGGAGCAGAUUCUUGGAAUCAUGAGGGUCCAGCAGCUGCAGCGGCCCAGACUGAUUGGAGAGGAUGAGGCCCAAACAAGUUCAGGCAGGUCAGUUGCUCUGGGCCAGACAGAGAUGGGUUUUGGUGUGGCCGAUGAAGCUGUGGAUGAAGAUGAAGAACUGAAGAGAGCUUUAGCACUCAGCAGACAAGACAUAGAUGUGGAAGAUGAAGAAGCUGAUCUUCGCAGAGCCAUACAGCUCAGUAUGCAAGGAGCUGUUAUGAGCAAUAAGUCUUCAGAGGGUGAAGUGGGAAAUGUAAAAUCAGGGAGCCAGGCAGCAGGGAGUGCUGCAGGAGAACAAAGAGAAGGCCAGAAUGAGACACUUACAGCUGAGGAACUAAGGAAGAGAAGACAAGCUUACUUUGAUCGGCAGCAGCAACAAGCUCAGCCAAACAUUCCUCAACAACCAGAUGCACAACCAACUGGAAGCUCAGGAUCAGUAAACACUGGCUCUGAGGAGGACCAACAAACGAAGCCCAGCCAGUGAAGUUGUGAAAGGUUUGCCUAUAUUGUUUACCAGCUGCCUGGAUUGGCAACCCCAUACAGGGGUAGCUUUUCUCCCUCCUCUAACCUUUUGCACACGUGGACCUGAGGACAGUCAGAAGGCUGACACUUUACCCCUGGUUAGUUCGCUGACAGGCUAUAAAGAAAAGAAGAGACAGCACUUAAUCCAACUCAGUGAAACACUGAGAUGAGGAAAAGAUCGACGAGACUCAUGAUGCAGUUAAUCCAAGUUUGCAAUUGCCUUUUUAGCCAUGGCGCCUUCUAUUUCUAUUGUAUACAGUUUUGUAUUCUGUUUUUUUUUUCUUUUUGGCUGUAUCUUUUUUGUUUUGUUUUGUUUGUUUGUUUUUGAGGGGGGGCAUGGAAAGGAAUAGAAUGGAAAGGGUGUGUUUUGUUAUUUUUGGCACAGGCAUUCUAUGAAAGCCAUAUGAGACCAAUGUUGUAGACCGUAGGUAAAAGCUUUGCAAGCUCAAGCUUUUCAGAUAUGGGAUACAUAAUACUGCUGGCUUCAUGCUAUUGUGUCAUUCAGAGAGAGGUCACUUUUACAUUAACAUUCCUCACUGCUUCACUCAGACAUAACCGCGACAGAGACGGAGGGAGACACAGUAUGCACAUAUUUGGCAUAUUGUUAGCACUGAUUCUAGUGAAGUGUAAUCACGUCCUUGAAUAUUUAGCUCUCCAGCCACUGAGCAGGAUCUGUGUGUACGUGCAUGCACUGCAUAGUGCCACAAAGUGCAGGAGAGAGCUGCCCUCGCCUCAGGCUUGAGAGAGAAUGAAAGAGAGCUCUCACUUUUGGAUCGGGAGCAGCAAAAAUGCAUUAUAGAAAAGCUGUCACCUUGUGUGUGCCUUUCUGUUAAUGCAACUGUGUGCUGAAGUGCAUACCUUUACAUGAAAGGGGACCAGGAUGCUCAGUCAAACACAAAGUCUGAUUUAGAUGCCAUCAGAUCAGUGGAAAGGGGGGCUUAGGUAAUGAGUGAUUCCUACCUUUAUAGUAGACUUGAGUUUGUAGAACAUAAAGUGAGAAUGGGGGGGGGCAUUGCCAGAAAAAUAUCCUUCUUGAAACUUGUAAUAGCACUAACAUUUGUGGGUUAUUGACUCCUUACAUCACUGACUUCUAUACUUGACAGUCUAAAAGUGAUCGCCCAAGGCAUUUAGAGAGCUGCAUAUUUUGGAUGUUGUGGCUGUAUUUUUAUGUGUGCAAGUAGGCAUAAUGAAACCUAUUAGACAGCUUACAAACACAAUUUAAGGGUGUCUUGUCAUUUUUGAUCAGAUUGUUUUUUUGUUUUGUUUGUUUGUUUUUUUGCUGAACCUAAAUUGCUUAUCGCUGAGGCAUGUUUUUCUUAUUUUUAUCCAGAAUAAUUGGGGAACAAAGAAGCACCAUAUAAACAUGAAUUGUUCCAGCAGUGUAUUAUGUCCAACCUUUUUUUGUUUGUUUUUGGCUUUUCUUUCAUCAGUGUUUUUCAUGAACCAUGUAUGGGGGGAAAAAAAAAAAAAAGAUUUCCACUGAGGACGCCUCUAUACAAACAAUUAACAGUUUAAUUGCACUGAUCUGAUUUGCUUUGUAUUCCAGUUCUGCUCAGAGCAGUGUUGUACACGUUAGAAGAACAAAGACACUGCGUAUAUUUGCUGAUUAUGAAAAUGAAUUAAAAAAAAUAAAAAAAUCAUUAUUUAACUUCACAAUUUGAAAUCCAAAGAUAAACGACACAUCAAACGUGUCACAGUGCGUACACUUUGAGGAAAUUGUUUUCAUUUCAACAGUGACUUUAAAAUCUCACUCGUUUUUCUCGAAAAGACUGUAAAGUUCUGAAAGCGAGAAAUCUUUCUUGGUGACUGCUCCUAACUAAAGCAUUAAAACACUUUACAUUUGUUUGUUGUUGUGUUUCCGAAACCGAUGACCAUUCAGCCCGGAUAUAUCUUGAUGCCUUCACUAACACGUUGGAUGUCAGACGAAGUUUGUUGAUUCCAUGAUUUUGUUAUCGUUUUGUUUCCAUUGGAUCAGCUUUUUUUCUUUCUUUUUUUUUUUUUUAAAAUUUAAAAUGCAAUUGUGAAAGUCUAUAAAAUGUUGGUAGUUGGGUUUUUAUCCUUAUUUUAGUCACUGCAUUCUUAAAUUCAUUAUUUUUGUUAUAUUUCAUGUUAGAACAGCACAUUCUUUCAUUUAAUAUAUUGGUUGUUGUUCCAGGAUUAAAGUGAA